GUGGGCCAGCAGCAGCAGCAGAGGCGGCGGUGGCAGCACGCAGACAGACAGACAGGCAGACCGACAGACAGACAGGCAGGGGGUCAGAGCAGCGCAGAGCCGGCCGGCGGUCUGCCCUGACAGCAGGACGCGCAAGAGAAAAACGCCGACGCACGAUUUGAUCAAAAGCUGCCGGGUGUUGGAGCUGAGCACGGCGGGAGCGGUGACAACCAGAAGAGAAGGAGAAAAAAAGUAGAAGAAGUAGGCAGGGUGGGACGGAAUAAUCCAGGAAGUGUGGAGGCCGGUCAGGUGGGAGGCGACGAGUCUGAACAGGUGACACACCGGCACUCAGGUGUAUGACCUCUGCUGACCUCCUAGCAAAGGACCAAAGAGGAGGGGGGCGAGCGAGAGUCAGAGGACAGCAGGCUCCCAUCUUCUCCUGGGUUUAUGGACCGGAGCAGGUGGCGAUGUCUCCAGGAGAGGACGGUCUGAUUGGGAUCCCCUUCCCGGAGCACAGCAACGAGCUCUUGUCGCACCUAAAUGACCAGAGGAGGACGGGACUCCUGUGUGACCUCACUCUGACGUCUCGCGGUGCACGCUACCCAACUCACCGCUCCGUCAUGGCCGCUGUCAGUCUCUACUUCCGCCGGCUCUUUGGGGCAGAGGAGGGCGGCGGCGAGGGCGGAGGAGGUUUCAGCGUGUGCCAGCUGGACUGUGUGGCCCCCGACGCCCUGGACGCCCUGCUGGAAUUCGCCUACACCGCCACCCUGACCAUCCCCAGCUCUGGGAUGAGAGAUGUGCUGCGAGGGGCUCAGCUUCUUGGCAUCCAGUGUGUGGCCGACGCCUGCAGAGACAUCCUGGGGGAGACGGCGGAGACGGCAGAGGAGCAACACGCAGCCACCCAGAGGAUGGUGGUGGGAGAGCGCGAGGUGGAGAAAGGGUCCCGAAGAAAAACGGACAGAAAGAAGGUGAAAAAAGUCGGGUCACAUCACAUCAACUCCUUAGUUUUGAACCCACCACCUGCGUCUCCUGUCUCUCACCCUUCACCUGCGUCCGACAGCUUCCACUCCCUGCCGUCUACGCAGCCUCCCAGCCCCGAACAGGACGAGCUUUGCCUCAAAUCCUGGCCGAAUGGAAAUCCCAGGUCGAUCAGAAAGCCAGUGAACGAGGCCCCGAAUGGAGGGCUUCCUCACUGGCUGCAUGAGCGCCCCCAGAUAGCCCACCCGCCUCCUGUCCCAACAUUGAACGACAAGCUGUCAGAGGAAGAGGACAGUUUUGGCGAUGAUGGUAAACUGAUGGAAAGCACCUCCAUACCUACCUCUGUGGCUGACCGGGGUGCGGCGACGACCGCGGCGGGAGGUGGCAGGAAGAGAAAGUCUCAGACGCCCCAGCAGUGUCCUGUCUGUCAGAAGAUCAUCCACGGAGCAGGAAAGCUGCCCCGACACAUGAGGACACACACUGGAGAGAAGCCCUUCCAGUGCUCGGCCUGCGGAGUUCGUUUCACGCGGAAUGAUAAGUUGAAGAUCCACAUGAGGAAACACACAGGCGAGCGUCCCUACCCCUGCCCGCACUGCCCUGCCCGGUUUCUCCACUCGUAUGACCUCAAAAACCACCUGUCCCUCCACAGCGGGGCGAGGCCCUUUGAAUGCCCGCUCUGCCACAAGGCCUUUGCCCGAGAGGACCACCUCCAGCGCCACCGCAAGGGACACAGCUGCCUCGAGCUGCGAACACGCCGGCCCAGACGCGGGGCCGAGUUUGGGGAGGACGGGAGAGGAGACGGAGGCGGGAUCGAGUCCAACGCUCUGGAUGCUCUGUCUUUACAGGCGCACUCCUCGGCGUUCCUCCCCCGCACGGUGCUGGAUGGCAGGAGUGCAUCCGGUGGCGGCUCCGUGCUGAUGUUGGCUGAAAUGGAGAGGGAGCGGUCUCUCGCCCUUCAGGCUUUGGCUCAACUGGGGCCUCACAGGCUGGCCGGCUACCCCGAGCUCUUCCUGCGAGGUAUGGAGCUGCGAGGCAGCAGGGAUGCGGAGGGAGAAGAUCCAGGAGGAACCCGCUCGCCAGCAACACAUCGUGACCAAUGGGCGGACGGAGUUGAAGAGGAUAUUGGCGAAGAGGAAGCGGAAGAAGAGGAAUAGUGAAGAGUGUGUGUGUGUGUGUCUGUGUGGUAAAGCAUCCACAGUAAAAAUAAAAAUCUCACUCAGGUGGCUGGACUAAUGACCUGCUGCUCCCAUAUAGAGAGCGCUUAAAAAAUAAAAACAACUAAAUGAUAUUAAAAGAAAAAAAUGGAAAACGGGUUUUCUUAGAUGUUUUAAAAUGACUGUCUUCUGGCUCUCAGCAUUUUUGAUUUUAUUUGUCUUUUAGAUUUUAUUUCUCGUUUGCUGUUUAAUUUUAUGUAUUUCAGUUUUGAGCAGUUUGAUUCGAUUUUUCUAGCUGGACGUGUGUGUGUGUUGAGUGUGUGUGUGUGUGGUUACUGGGAUGCUUUUCACUAUGCAAACUAAAAUCCAGAGCUGCGACAUGAAGGGAUAUUUGAAGAUGUUUAUUUUAGUUACAACGUCCUAUUGAUUCAGGUGCAAUUCAGAGUCAUAUCACCUAGAUCACAGGGAUGAGUUUGUGUGCCGGCUGUCCUCUGGUGGUCACCAGUGAAAACGCAGUCUAGUUAAUCAAACUUGUUCUGUACAUUGUAAGCAAUAAUGUUUGUUGUGUCUUUUCUUGUUAGUGGUUAAAUCUUUGCUUUAAUUUGGUGCUUAAACCAAAGAUGUUUAGUUGAACUGUUAAAUCUUAAGUUAACAGGAGAGGCGAGAGGUGAAUUGUAGCCAAUGUUGGGUUUGAAGAGAAGACUCUUCCCAACUGUUUUGAUAGCCAUGAGAAAGAAUCUGCUUCCAUGUUUGAGUGUUUCAGAGCAGUGGAGCUCUGUGUUAAAUGCCUGACCAAAAGAGACAAAGUCUGGGUCAAUGAGUUGAUUAUUUUGAAGACGAUUGUUCUUUUUCCAAAAGGCUGUAGAUUUCAGUCUUCCAAUGCACUCAUUUGGGUUCCUCGUUUAAAAAAAAGAAAAAAAAGAAAAGGGGCAAAAAGGUGAGAGGAUGAAUGAGGUGGCGUUCCCCUUUUUUCUGUACUUAUUUAUUUAUUGUUAUUUAUUAUGGUUCUUCUGCUGAAACUCUUUUGUGAGACCAAAUCCAGGGGUGGGACACAGAUCACAAGUCUUACAAGAAGUUGCAUUGCGCUAAAGAUUUUUGACUCUCAACAUCUCCAUAUGUAACUUAACGCCUUUUUUUUAUGGGCUGCGUGUCUUCUUUUGGGCGAUUCUUCCUCGAAAUGCAUUCUUUGCACAUUUAAUAACCCCGUCAGGUACUGCAAUAAUACAGGCACAUUCCAUCCUCCGGGGCAGAGAGAAGGGAACAGAGCAAAAGAAGUCGGGGGGGUUAAAAACCUUCGAUGUAACUGGAACACAAAAUGACUUUGCUGUUUGACAUUUUCAGCAUGCUUUUCUGUUGUUAACUUUAAAGGGACAGUUCACCCCAAAAAUCAAAAAUACAUAUUUGUCCUUUUUACCUGUAGUGGUUUUUGUCAGGCUAGAUCAGGAGGUAGGCAACCUUCGGCUCCUGAGCCACAUGUGGCUCUUCAGACCAUCUACAUGGCUCCCUGUGACCAAAGAAAUCAUAUAAAAUAAUAAAAGUUAUUUCUUUACAUUUUCAUUUUAAUUCAUCAUUGGUGCAGGCCAAAAUCAAUUUGUAUUCUUCAAUUGUAAAAAUGUGUGGUUUAUAAAUGGCAGUAAAACAUUUUCUUUUAACAUUUUAGUCAACUAAAAUGUGAAUCAUAGCUUAUGAAAGUCUGCGGCCCGGCACCUUGACCUCAAAAUUUUUGCAACUUCAAGUCUAGUUUUGAGUUUCCGUGAGAUCUUUCUCAGGAGUCUAGCCUCUUAUUUGCACUUGGGUCCUCAUUGAAUUCUGACAAAACCAUGUUAAUAACCGCUCAUUGUGACCUAUAAGUAAUUUUGGUAGGCUUCAAUUAAUGCUGUUUUAUCUUCAUUGUCAGGCUCCAAAAAAAAUGUAUGGCUCCAUUCCGAGAUUUUUUCUCUUUUUUUUUUUUUCAGAUUGUUUGGUGCGAGUUGCAGAGUGUUGGAGAUAUUGGCUGUAGGGAUGUCUGUGCUCUCUCAAAUAUAAUGGACCUAGAUUAUUCUUGAUUGAUUUCCAAGAAGCAUUAACCAGGAGUGCAGACAAAAUUGCCUCUGAAUAGACAAUCAGAACAACAAAGCAUGACCACCAACCAAUCAGAGCACAAAAUGUCUGAGUUAUACAUGCAGGUUGAGGCUGUGCUUGCUCUGUUUUCAAUCAGGAAUAUGGCAGCAAAACGUUCUCGAAUUACAGGUUAAUGUUACACUAAAACAAAUCACUAGCCGUGUUUCCAUCAACAAAUUUAUCUUUGCAUUUUGAAGAUUUGCGUGACGAAAGCUCGAUGGAAACAACUAAAUUUGAUAAAACUUUCAAAAAUGAGCCACAAAGUUUUUACGCUAGCUUGAGGUGGUUUUUGUCUUUUUCGAAAAAAUAGUUAAUGCACUUAACAGGAGAUUGAAACGAUUUUUGCGAAUAAGUUCUGGCGUAGCGAACAGUUAACUCUUUCUGCUCUUGUGGUCAAGACGAGCUGACAUGAAAGAACAAUUAUAAGUUGCUCAAUUUAAUCUAAUUCUUGAAGACAUAUUUUCUCUAAUUGGAGGCUAAAGUUGUCCGAUUAUCAACCUCUUUUUUUCUUUUUUUUUCUUUCACGCGCAAAUCUCUUCUACUGUUUGCUGACGGAUUAUCCUACAACAAUACAUUGCUUUGUUUAUUUGAUCUAAACCAGUGAUGGAAACGUCCCUUAAAAAAACACAGCUUAUGAAAACAUUUAAGGUUUGAAAUGGGUACAAGCCAAGUGCCAUCUAGUUCCAUUAUACUGUAGAGAAGGCAGACAUCUUUAUGGCCGAUUAUAUCUCCAAAAGUCUGCAACUCGUACCAAAUCAAGCUAGGUUGAUAAAGAGAGUUACAGGUAAUGGGGAAAAAACAGUAUUUUUGACUUUGUGGUGAACUGUCCCUUUAACAUGUAUAGUACUGUAUCACAUAAUAACAUGGCAGUUCUUAUAGAUCGGCCACCGCUGUGUCUAAAGGGGCCAUUAUCCUUUGAGUUCAUCUGUCUUCGACCAAAAACCUUUUUAGUUUCAUCAUGCUUCCCCUGGACCAGUACAUUAAGGCCUUUUGCACGGUGUAAUGCAAUCAUUAAUGGCUUUAAACGACAGCAGUUGUCUUUUUAUUUCCAAUUCUCUUGAAACCCAUGUAGUCAGAACCUGCUGUAGCAGUCGUGCUGGUCUGGCCUUGUGUGCACUAUCCGCUCCUUGUUGUGUAGUAAAUCAUUUUUUUAUUUCCAGUUUAUUUGCACUAUGAGAUUUGAGAGCUUCAAGCCUUUUUGUCUGACCUUCAAUAUCUAGUCCAUUAACUCACUCGAUACCAUUUAAGAUUGUGAUUGAAAUACUUCUUUAAAACCUGCAUACAUUGAAUACUCUUCCU